AAGGUCUCUGUAAGGCAUUAUAUAUGCCCACUUUUAUGUACGCCUCUCGUAUAUCUAGACAUCUUUUGAUAAGGCAUUCAAUCCUCAAACUAUUUAUAGAGUACAGUAAUAACGCGUCGCGACCGCAGUUGUAAUUCAACGGUGCUCGCUUAAAGAUGCAAUUUCAAAGGGAUUCGCGAAUCUGCGCUUUUAUAAGUCGAAGAACGGUCCUUGCAAAUAGCAUCCGACCGGCCACACUGGUUGUAAGAGAUGAAAGAAUACAAGAAAUAUCAUACGACACCGGUGAAGACGUGGUACAAUAUUUAUCACAGAAAUAUCCCGGCAUUCUAUUUCACGAUUGCGGCUCGUUAGUGCUAAUGCCUGGAAUAAUAGACUCCCACGUGCAUGUAAAUGAGCCCGGAAGAACCGAAUGGGAAGGAUUUCACACCGCAACACGAGCGGCCGCGGCUGGCGGUGUCACCACGAUCGCGGAUAUGCCUUUGAAUUCUAUUCCGCCCACCACUACUUUGAACAAUCUCAAAAUUAAAGCCAGAGAAGCGCACUCGAAGAUAUUUGUAGAUGUCGCAUUCUGGGGCGGUGUGAUACCAGGAAAUCAGCACGAGUUGCAAUCGUUAAUAGACGCAGGUGUAGUUGGUUUCAAGUGUUUCUUGUGCCCGAGCGGAGUCGACGAAUUUCCACAUGUCUCCGUGAACGAUGUGGAGAAAGCCUUUCUGCAAUUGCUGUCUACGAAAACUGUGCUGGCGUUUCACGCUGAAUGUGAGGAAUCCGAGGGAACAAAUCUGUUAACCGAUGAUCCAAAAAUGUACGAAACUUUUUUACGUAGUCGUCCUGAUCUCAUGGAACUUAAUGCCGUAAAAUUAAUUUGCGAUUGGUGCAUAAAAAUCGAGCUAGACAACAUUUGCCAUAAGAACAAACUGACGCCAUAUCAAGGAAAGGUCCUAUUUGGAAAAGUAGUCGCAACUGUUCUCAGGGGAACAUUCAUUUUCAAAGAAGGAAAUAUCUGCGACAAGCCUAUGGGAAAAUUAUUAUUAAAUGCAAAUAUCUUACAAACGAUAGAAAUCCAAUAAACUUUAUUUCGUAGCUUGUAGAGCAAGUUCUUUACAGUUCUUUUGUUUCUAUUUUAAUAUGGAUUAUUAAUAAUAAAAAAA